GGUCUCGCGCUCCGAUUUCCUCACCGUACGAAAUGAAAUUCCACAGGGGGAUUCGAAAGGAAAUGAGACCGGGACGCUCCGUGCUUCUCGGCCCGCCGCCCUUCCUGUCUCGGGGACACGGGUUUCUAAAUAAGCGCCCUGGCAUCUCCGCCUCAGCCUGCUAGAAACGACUGUCUCCUUUGAGAACACUUGAAAAAGCCCUUUGCCCAUCAGAAGCUUUUCCUGUCAACAGCUUUUCUUUCCCGGCAUGGAACUCAUCGCAGAAAACACUUCCCCAAGGGAGUUCCAGACAGAAGGCUAUCCACCCUGUCCCAUGCGGAGCGUGUAGGAGAGGCGCAAAAGCAGCCCUACUCUGGACUGUCCAUUUCGAGGGUGCAGUCUGUAAAGACCUUUAGUAGGAGGAUUGAAUAUGUGAUCCUUCUUCUGCCUCAAGCAUUAAGGAGCCGUUUAUACCAGUUACGUUUCAGUGGAUCCACAGUCAUUUCUACCGCACUGCUUGACGCAUGCUGGAAUCCGCAUCAAUUCCAUUCACUGAAGAAUUUAUAACCCAUGUGCCAGGCACUGUGCUAGGUCCUGAAGUUGCCAUCAAGAUGAGUGAACAAGCCUGCCCUUGAGCUCCUCACCUCCCAGUUGGGGAUAGAGAUUGCAGCAAUUCUCCGGAAACGAAAAUUAGACUAUUAUUUACACAAACUGCUCCCUGAGAUCCUACAGUCUGCUUCAUUUCUGACUGCUAAUGGGGCCUUGUAUAUGGCUUUCUUUUGCAUUUUAAGGAAGAUACUUGGCAAAUUCUACUCAUGGAGUCCUGGCUUUGGUGCCGCUUUGCCAGCAUCUUAUGUGGCCAUUCUGAUUGAAAGAAAAAGCAGGAGGGGGCUGCUCACAAUUUAUAUGGCCAACUUGGCGACAGAAACACUAUUUAGAAUGGGUGUAGCAAGAGGAACCAUCACAACGUUAAGAAAUGGAGAAGUCCUUUUGUUCUGCAUCACUGCUGCCAUGUACAUGUUCUUUUUCAGGUGCAAAGAUGGUUUGAAAGGAUUUACAUUCUCUGCACUUAGGUUCAUUGUAGGGAAGGAAGAAAUUCCCACACAUUCUUAUUCACCAGAGGCGGCAUAUGCAAGAGUGGAACAAAAGACUGAGAAACAUGAGGAAAAACUGAGAAGAAUGAAUAUAAUUGCUCUAGUCAGGAAGCUGGUGGAUUCAAUAUGUAAGCAUGGACCAAGGCAUAGGUGUUGCAAACACUAUGAGGAUAAUUGCAUCUCUUAUUGCAUUAAAGGUUUCAUCAGAAUGUUUAGCGUGGGAUACUUGAUCCAGUGCUGCCUCCGAAUUCCCUCUGCAUUUAGGCAUCUGUUUACACAGCCAUCCCGGCUACUUUCUCUCUUCUACAAUAAAGAAAACUUCCAGCUUGGAGCUUUUCUGGGCUCUUUUGUUAGUAUAUACAAGGGUACUAGUUGCUUCCUGCGCUGGGUUAGAAACCUGGAUGAUGAACUGCAUGCCGUUAUAGCUGGAUUUUUGGCAGGAAUAUCAAUGAUGUUUUAUAAAAGCACAACGAUUUCCAUGUAUUUAGCUUCCAAACUGGUGGAGACAAUGUAUUUCAAAGGCAUUGAAGCAGGAAAGGUUCCCUAUUUUCCCCAUGCAGACACUAUCAUCUAUUCCAUCUCUACAGCAAUUUGCUUCCAGGCAGCUGUCAUGGAAGUUCAGAACUUGCGACCGUCUUACUGGAAGUUUCUUUUAAGGCUCACCAAGGGCAAGUUUGCUGUCAUGAACCGAAAAGCCCUUGAUGUUUUUGGUACUGGUGCCUCUAAACACUUUCAGGACUUCAUCCCUAGGUUGGACCCAAGAUAUACAACUGUAACGCCAGAAUUGCCCAUCGAGUUUUCUUGAAGAUGGCUAAUUUAAUAAUGUGACUUCAUGUUUCAUUAUUUUGUCCUGGAGAGUUAAAUAUGUUGAACACAAAGAAUGGGGCCUGAGCUUUGAACUUCAGUGUUAUUUCAAUGAAAGAUCCUCUUUUGUGUUUGUUUUUCUUACCAAUCAGAAAUACAGAAGCUUUUUAGGCAGGUGUUGCUUAAUAAUUAAGCUCCCUCUCUAGCCAGAAUCUUAUUCUGGAUCACUGUAGUUGUUGACAUUGUGAUAUAUUAUUGAUUAAAUUAUGUCCACAAGCAAUAUUAAAGAAUCUAUGUAGAAAUGUAGUAACAAAUAAGAGUAUACUUAAAAUUACUUUAACAGAUGUUUUUGUUCAUUCCAAUAUCAUUCUUGGUUAAAACUAAGAAUAUGUCUACGUUUUAGGAUACAAAGGAUCACGGGUACAUGGAUUUGGUCAGCAUUUUUUUUUUUUUUGGACUUUUGAGUUGGUAACUAUGGUAGUGAAAUGUUAUGAGGUAAACUCUUCACAAACAAUGCUGCUUUCGUAUAGAGCAAUUUAAUCAGAGAGAGUGGCUAUUCUUACUUCAGGGAUGCAAAGACGGGUCUCAUACUGUUUGGAUAAAUGCCGUGCUGUUUGUGCUCUUCUUCCACUGACACCUUCAUCUCUUUCCAUGAUCAGGUGGGCUCUGUGGCAGCCCAGUGAACCUAUGUAUUAAUGGCAGGUUAGGAGCAAAUGGAAAUUGACUUGUCUGAUACAACUGAAAUGUAUGUUUUAAUCUUUUACCGAAGCAUUGCACUUGAAUAUUUAAAUGCAAAUGAAGUUACUUUUAAAUUUCCUGUAGGUUUGUUAUGUUUGUUUUCAUUUCUAAGGAUUGAAUUCUUCAGAGCUAAGUCUAUAUGCCAUGGUUGAUUUCGAAGGGAUCAAAUCCUAUGGAACAAAAGUAUUUGGGCAAGUUGGGCUGUUUGUUCCCUCAGCUGUUUCACCUCUGAAGAUGUUUGAUGACUAAAAGCAUUAUAAAAAUGCAGCGGUUGUUCCCAAGUCCAUUUCUUCACCAAGUGGAUGCAGGUUCUCUAGCCACUUUUCAAAAAAUCAUUGUCACCAUUUUCACUCCUGCUAAAGAAAUGACAAAGUAGAGUGACUGCUGAUGAUGAGCUGGUUCAGGAUGGCUUUGAUGGAAAUAUGAUCACUCUUUAGAGUGUUUCAGGGACAAGUUAUUCUUUUCUAAGUUAAUACAAGGCUUAAGUGGUAAGUGGUCUACAGUUAAUGUAACAUAUAGGGAUAACGGUAUAUUUUUUUAAUAUAAUCUUUUUGCUGAAAAGUUUUUGGCUAUUGUAAAUUAAUUAUGCGAUAGAACUUGUGUUGCAACAAGAUUAUAACCCAGACUCUUAAAAAUGCUUAAUCGUCCAUAUUAAGUUUCGUCAAGCCUUGUAUCCUUCUGUUUACAUGUAAUCCUAACCUUGGUUGUUCUGGCAGAUUGAAACUCAACAAAAAGGCAGACUCUGGUGCCAUGGUAACAGAGAGAGCCACUUUAAUCAGGCCAGAGUUUUGCAUUGUGAUUACUUUUUUCGGAUGGAUGUGUCUAUUAGGCAAUACUGUUAAAGGACUGUUUUGGCUUCAGAUUCCCAAACUAAUUAAUAAAUUAAGUUUUACGUUUUUAUUCACUGGAAUAAAAAGGAUGAUUGGUACUGUGUUUACUUUUAAAAAUGAAGUAUUACAACAGUGAAGGAAGCACUGCUACUUGUAUCUCAUUUCCUCUAUUCAGAAAUUAUAAUAUUUUUCCUGUCAGGUUAAAUGGAAAACUUUUUAAUCCAUAAGUUACUAUUUUCAUUCACAUCAAAAGACUAUGAAAUUGAAAGACAAAUGCUACUGAAAUAUGAUGAGAUUGUUUAGUAAAAUUUUACUGGUCAAAAGGUGAAUUUCUAUGAUUUAUCUUUUUAAAAUAUAUUUACAACCAUCUUUUAUUUUACAAAAAAAGUAAAAUGAAAUAACCAUCAUGCAACAGAGUACAAUACAGAAUGUAUAGUUAGGAUGAACAGUGAACUAAUUUGCAGUGGUGAAUAGAGAUGUACAAUGGAUUUCCUUGGGACAGUCUGCAAAGGAUAGUUGUUGAAGCAAACACAAAUCGUGUUUAUAUUCCUGAAGACAAUCAGAAUGAAUGUCUUUCUCCCACUAACCAGGUAUUAAUUGACACCUUGGCACCAGAAAUAAAGUCAAAUAGAUUUCUCCAUUCCAAAA